AUGGCUGGUCCCAAAUCGACUUCGCCUGUCCCUGAGGCCUCCCCCAGCCUCGCCGGCCCUUCCUCUCCCGCUCCCUUUUCGUUGCCAAAGGCUGCGAGCGCAGCCUUCACGGCCGCCGUGACCGGAAAUCUUGCCAGCACCACCAAGAGCAACGCACCGCUGGAUCCUGCCUCGAUUGCCACUCUGGCGACGGGCAUUGUUGCCCCAAAGCCAGCCGUUACGACGGUCAGCGUGUCCGCGCGCUCCACCUACUUCGCCGUCAGGUAUUCCAUCGCCGGUGCCGCCUCGGGCCCCAUCGAUGUCGAGAUUUCUCACCAGACCCAGGCCGCCGACGCCCAGGACGUGUUGAAAUACUACCUCGCCAUGUUCGACGGCGACGUCGCCGUCUUCACCAAAAAGACGGCCAAGCCCCUCGGCCAAGUGUCUCUCCAGACCGACGGCAGCGUCUUCUGGGUCCGCGACUGCCUCUUUGUCAAGGUCAAUGCGACCGACCAUUAUGUGCCAAAGCCAUCGGGAACACCGCUUCCGCCGAUAAACGAGCCUGCCAAGCCGGCCUCGCCGCCCAAGCCACCAGUCACCCCGGGAACCCCAGGCACGAAGCCUGCGGGAUCGACGCCAGCGCCGCCGGCCCCAGCACCCAACCCGAUACUGGACAACAUCCUGCUCCCGCUCGCAGCCGCCAUCGACGCCCACCUGGCCAAGUUCGCGGUAGCGCCCGCGGCGCAGCUCAAGCCUAACACGGCGGUCAAGGCGGCGGCGUACAAGGGCCCGCGCGGCAAGGAGUUCACCGUCGCGCUGGCCGACCCCAACGGCGCCCACUCUUUCAAGCCCGUCGAGCCCGUCGUCACGUCGACCAGCAACGCCGCCGCCCGCAUAGUCGUGCCCGCUACCAACGGCUCCUCCGCUGGCGCGUACACGUUCCUCGCCCGCAAGGUCGGCAAGGGCACCGUCAAGCUCAUUGUGGCGAGGAGCGAUACCCUGGCUGUCGGCGCGGCUGAGGUGAGUAUUGAGAUUGUAUAG